GUGCUCUUGCGACAUCUGCGGAUAUAAAGAGCUAGUAGACGGCAGUCAGAAGGAUCUGCAGCCCAGUCGUCUUCCAUAUUGCAAACACUGCAAAUCACCUUUCUCUAGACUGACUCACGAAAAAGUACUUUUCGAACACGGUUUUAUCCAUACUCAAAAUGUCGUCUGAGGGACUCAAUGUCAUCUUCGGUGGGGCUGCGAUUGGCAACUCUGAGCCGUGGAUAGACGAGGCCUAUCUCAAUGAGGCGUUUAAGAUCCUUGAAUCUCACGGCGUCACGACCAUUGACUCUGCUCAGCUCUACGGCGAAUCUGAAAAGCGACUCGGCGAACUCAAGGCCGGAGACAGAUUCACCAUCGACACCAAGUGGCUUGGUGGUUGGACUCCCGGUUCGGCGACCAAGGAGGGUAUCAUCACCUCGGCGAGGGAGAGUAUCAAGAAGUUGGGCGUCAAGCAGGUCGACAUCUUUUACAUCCACGCCCCUGACAGCAAAACUGAUAUCGAGGAAACCGUUGCCGGCGUCAAUGAAGUCCACAAACUCGGCCUAUUCAAACGCUUCGGCCUGUCGAACUACACCGCCGAGGACGUCCAAGCCGUCUACGAUGUUUGCAAGAAGAAUGGCUACGUCCUACCCACAGUGUACCAAGGCAACUACAGCCCGGUCGCACGUCUGCAGGAGACCAAACUGUUCCCAACGAUCCGCAAACUGAACAUGGCGUUUUACGCAUACUCCCCACUGGCCGGUGGCUUCCUGACCAAGACAGCACAGCAGAUUAAAGAAGGUGCAGGACGCUUUUCAGAGAAAGCCAUUGGCGGGAUGUAUCGUCAGAUGUACAUGAAGGACUCGUACCUGAAUGCCCUGGCGAAGUGGGAACAGAUCGCCAAGGAAGAGGAUUGUUCGCGCGCCGAAUUGGCCUACCGCUGGGUCACGUACAAUUCGCCGCUCAAGAAGAGCUAUGGUGAUGGGAUCAUUGUGGGCGCGAGCAAAAAGGAGCAACUUGAGCAGACCCUCGUGGGCAUUGAGAAGGGCAAGUUGAGCGACAAGGCGUCCAAGAGCAUCGAUGAGAUCUGGGACACGAUUAAGCAUGAAGCGCCGGUUGACAAUUUCUCGCGAUGAGUGGGAGAAUUACAGACCUAGGUAGUAUUCGACUUGGCUUGACCUGCCCUGCCUUUAUCGUCCUGUCCGGGGCGAGCACUGGCGAGCAAGAACAAUGUAGGUUGUAGAAAGUCAAGUCAUCAGUAUCUGUUCAA